UGGGGCCACAGGUCAAUGUGGUGCCCUCACCCUCAGACAGGCAGAGCAGGCACGGGGGUGUUGCCUGGGAAGGGGGAGGUGGAGGCUCAGACGCUGCCCUGCUCUCUUCCCCAGAGUCACCCCUUUGUGCCCACGGUGGUGGAUGGCGUGCUGCUGCCCAAAACCCCCGAAGAGAUUCUGGCCGAGAAGAGUUUCAACACCGUCCCCUACAUCGUUGGCAUCAACAAGCAAGAGUUUGGCUGCAUCCUCCCAAUGUUGAUGGGCUAUCCACUUUCUGAAGGCCAACUGGACCAGAAGACGGCCACGUCACUCUUGUGGAAGUCCUACCCCACUGUCGGCAUCCCUGAGGAGCUGACUUCGGUGGCCAUUGAGGAGUAUUUAGGAGGAACAGAGGACCCUGUCAAAAAGAAAGACCUGUUCCUGGACUUGCUUGGAGAUGUCAUGUUUGGUGUCCCAUCUGUGAUUGUGGCCCGACGCCACAGAGGUGAGUCCCAGAGGUUGGACUGCAAAGGGACAUCGGCCCCACCAGCUCCGGUAUCUGACCUGCCCACCUCCCAGCAUAG